AUGGAGGAAGAGUUGGAAGACCUGCCUGCAGCGGAGAAGGAGGCAGAUCCCCUUCGUGAUGCGAGGAUCCGGCGUGAGGUAAAAGGCAAAGCCUUCACAGGAUUCGUCGAAGACAUUGAGCAAGGCAAGGAACACCUCACAGCCGAGCAGGUCAGGGAAGCGAGAGUCGAUGACGACGAAGAGGAUGAGAUGCCACGCGCCAGCAGCCGUUUCGGGACCGAUGACUACAGCGACUACGGCAACAGUGGCGGCUCCCUGUCAGAUCCUGACCCGUGGCAGUUACGGAGCCAUGAAGGCUACAAAGACUACGACAGCGAAAGUUUCUAUGGCGGGCCGGAGCUUUCUGAAGAGGAGUUGCGCGACAUGGCCGUUCGUCAUGCAAGAGCUCUUCGACCCAAGAGUUCUACCGUUGCAGAGAUGCUUGACGAGCUCUCGUUUGCUCGCUGGAUCUUUCUGCGCAGCUGCCGUCUGCCUUUGGAGGCGCAGCACCUCAUCCGCUCCUUCCUAGCAAGCCCGACAGCAGAGCUGGCCGGCCGGAAGAUCCUGGCACUCCACGACGGCCAUGAGCUUGUCUUCCACUCUGUGGCAUGCUUGCCAGCUGGCAAGCUAAUGUGCCAAGUGAGGCGCGGCUUUUGUGUCGACAAAGUUUGGUCUUUGGCAGACCACUGCACGAGCCUAAACUGUCCCGUAUCCGAAGAAGCUCCGGUGGCGCUUGCCACCCGCGGGUGGUAUGAUGACUUCUGCCGGUGCGAUGAGCCUCUUCACCCUCUACCCGCUGAAUUCGCUGUACUUGUUCCAGGCGAUGCGUCGCCUGCAGGAUCCUUCUUUGACCUGAUGGAGUCAGCCGAGGGCUGGUUCGACGACGUCGAGGUGUACGAAGAAGAAGGCAGCGGAGAUGAAGAAUGGCAAGCUCGCAGCCGAGGCAAGAUUCCUCGUGACCCCGAACGUCAUUUUCGACAGGGCGCCGCAAAACGGGCUUGCCCACCGACGCUGCCACUGGAUAUGCAGCUGCAAUAUGAGUUGGAGCGUCAUUGUGACGACGAAGUCGGUCACAGCGAUGACGAGCCUUGGAGCCACAGGAUUCGCCGCCUUCUUCGCCAGGGUGCAAACCCGAUGCUGGACGUCACGGAAGCGAGGUCACACAAGAAGCUAUCGCCGCUGGAGAAGGUCCGGAACUCGAAAGCAUCACUGCAAGCUCACCUGGACGACCUUCGCAGCGGCCGACUUUGCCGGCACCAGGUCCACUUCUUGGUGAGGUAUGCGGACAGCAUCGAAGGCCUCGAGGAAUACUUGGAAGAGUUCAUGGAUCAAAUGGCAUGCCUGGAUGAAGUCCACGGGCUGCUCUCUGCCGCGGUCAAGGUCUGGGAGAGAGCUGCACCGGCGCCGUCCACGUUUUGUUCCAGUGAUUGCUUGUGUGGCCGUGGGGUCCUGCGUCCCGACAAUGAUGGCUUGCUUCAAGCAGUGGAUGCCGCUCCAGACGUGAUGCAGUCAGCAGAUAAAGACUUGCGAGCUUUAGCAGAGAGGUUGUGGAGCUUGCAGCAGAGCUGGAAGGCAGCACCUCGACAACUUUGCUGCCGCGAAGCAGAGGAGGAAGCUAUGCAGAGGGAGAACCAGCGAGCCCAACAGCAUCGAGCGACAGAACAAAAGCAGCGCGCCAAGGAGCAGCUGCAGAAGAGGCGCGCGGAACUUGCCGUGCUUGCCGAGGAGCAGCUGCGUCUGAGACGCCAUGCAUCCCAGGAUGAAGACGGCACAGGCCCAAGAUGCAACCAGUGCGGAGCGCACGGCGAGCACUUGUUCAGCAAAAAUCAGCUACUGAAGAAAGGCUUGCGCAAACGCUGCAGGGAGUGCAUCGAGGCUGAACAGCUGGGUGUGGCUGCGGUUCCCAUGAAGAGGAAGCGCUUCGACGACGACAUCAUCUGA